AUGCAGCCAGCCCUCGUCGUCGCCGCAUUGGCCUCAUGCGUUUUACAGGUGAUGUGCGUGUGUCCGACGCUACCGACUCCGCAUGGCGCUCUCUCCAGUACGCCUACGGGGCCCGGCAACCCGCCGACAUGCGCGGCUCCGUUGGUCUGCUACAAUGACCCAAAUGCAACGAAUGGGCCGUCCGAUGACUGUUAUGACCCACUGCCAUGCGACGCCCUCCCAACCACGGAGCCAGUGCCGGUGAAGACCGAAACCGCGCUCAUUACAACCACCGAUCCUCCUACAUGUCCGACCGGCGAGACCUGCUACUCGGCUGGAACGCCUGCAACUAACGCUUGCUACAUGAACGCCACGACAACGAUGGCCAGCACCACCGGUGCCACAUCCGAGGCGACUGGAAGCACGGCCGCCACCGGAUCGACCACCGCCUCCAGCGAGUACACCGGAAGUUGUGUGGAUUCUAACACCAACUGCGCGACCUGGACGAAGAACGGUUUCUGCAACAACAACGCCUACACGACGCUCCAAAAGGGACAGUACUGUGCUAAGUCUUGCAACCUGCAGCCGGCUUGCGCUGGAGGUGGCGGCGGUGGUGGUGUUGUCACCGGAUGCAGCGACGAUAGCGCCAACUGCCCAACCUGGACGAAGAACGGUUUCUGCACGAGCUCUUUCUACGCCAGCCAAGUGCAGACAUGCAGGAAGUCGUGCAACCUCUGC